AUGUCGACAUCCCACGCUCUUUCAACUGAAUACCUCGAACGCUCCCCGCUUCAACCAUUUUACGCCGAAUCUUCGGAAACGUCUCGCCAACUUUUUAAAGCGGCGACCACACCUUCACCACGCAUCAAGCGCCGGCGCAGAGACUCACCACGAUCUCGUUCUACGACUCCCCGUCCUGAAGAUAGUCGUUCACAGGCCUUUGAGUCUCCGAAUGAGAACCCGUUCGCUCCACGCGGCAAAAGCGCUAAAGGGAAAGAAAAAGCUGAAGUUCCGGUGGGGUUUGGAUUAGGCCUUGGGAUCCCAGUUUUUCCAUCAAAUAGCAGCUCAGUUGUUUCGUCAGAGCCACUUAUCGCAUGGCGAUUCGCCGAAAUCUCUAAACCUUCAUCGGCGGUCUCACCAGCGUCGCCCUCUCCAACCGAAAGUGUUGACGGCGAUUCAGCACCUGUACCACCUGGCGACGAUGGAUCUAUAUACACACUUACGCCAGGGCCUGCGUGGCCACCUCCACCGAGUACAAUCGUGUCACCGGAGAUAACGCCGAGGAGUUCGUUAGAUCUUGGAGAUACGUUGGGAGGAAUGGUGCAUAGACGUGGACGGGACUCAAAUGACAGUAUUGACUUUGAGAAUAUGCCAGUAUCACCACUUACGCCUGCGAUCACACAGCUACUAGACGAAAUCUCAACAAUGGAACGGCCGCCUAGUGCUGGGGUUCCGAAAAAUGUGACAACAGUUCAGGCGUGGGUUAUGGACAUGCCUGGUGGUAAUCAGGCACUGCCAGGUGCUGCUCUGGUGGGAAAGAGGGAAGUGGGAGAGGGCAGACUAAGGGUUAGAAAGAUGAGGAGUUGGAGGAAUUUAAGAGCCUUGGGAAACCGGACGUCGCAGUUUGAGGUCGCGAGGCAGUCAGCAGUUAUUGAUAGUGAUCUGCCUUCGCCGCCGAUUACACCACCGGGCCAAAUGGAGAAAGAGCAGGACACUGGAGUAGAGUAUGCUGGAACUACGCCGAGGUCAAUGAUGCCUGAGUCACCAAUAGAGCACCCGUUUUACGAUGAUUACGAAGAUAUAAUUGAGGCUCAUUUGAGCCCACGAGAAGAAGAAGCCCCAAAAGAGGAAGCACUACCACAGACCUUUUUGUUGGAUCCCUCGCCUGAAGUUGAAAGACAGUUCCAGGACUGGCCACAAGAAACGGUGGAACAAACAGGGCAGAUGAACCAAAGAGAACAAGAAGAAGAACAGGAGACGCCUAGACCGCCGCAGUUGGAAGUCCUUCAGGGUGAGGCACCGGUGUUUUUGGGAAGCCCCCCGCAGGCUGCCCCGGAUUCACCAGCUACACAACUUGGAGGGUUUGAGCCCAUGACACCAGACCCUAACUCUGACCUUGUCGGCGAGAUCGAAGCAUUAUUGCGAUCUUCACCAUUAAGGAGGAGGGAACGCGAGGAGGCUCAAAGAAGUGAAUCUUUACAUAAUACCCCUACUCAGGCAACCAUUGGACGGGGAACGAGCGAAACUCAUGAUAUGGAUGAGACACCGCGGCCACUUCAGCGACCGACAUUUGCACCAACGCAAACGCAAGAGUCAUUAGCUAGUGAAGCCACGAAUGAUACCAUCUUCUUCACGCCUACAGAAGUUCGAACGCCGGUUUUUGAGAUACCAAAUCCCUUGGAAGCAAUGCCGCCCGUUCCUGUUGUAGAGCCCACACAAGAACCAGCGAGGCCACAAACCCCUCCACCGAAGGCAGCUCGCACGGCCUCCAUCUCGUCGUCCCAUUCUACCCCAACUCGGCCUCUAAUUCCUACAAGAAGAUCCUCACUUUCACACUCUCGUAAUGUGUCUGCAGAAACUAUCCCCACCAAAUCAUACCCUCCAACAUCCUCACGCCCUGGUGCACACAGUCGUGGAAAAUCUAUUGACUCUAGUUCACUUUAUAAUGACCGAGGCAGAAAUUAUCCUCCACCAGCGCAGCGCCAACGAAGCAGCUCAGCAAGCGACGCAACCGAAGAUGUCAAUCGUGGUCGCGGUCGGAGUAGAAGUAUUGGCGAUGGGCCGCCACAAAUCCCCGCCCGUAAGAGCUCUGUUGGGAAAACGGGGAAGCCUAGCGAGCUUAUGGAUAACUGGGUGCGGAAGGAGUCAUUUACUACUGUGGGAAGUCAUCAAAGACCGAGCCUCGGAGCUAUCCUUCAUAGCAACACAAACAGUGAGAGUCGAAAAGACUCAAAUGAAACUGUUUCUCAGCCAGAAAGCCAGCGCUUCUCAUUCUCAAAUGACAUAGAGAUUCUCGGUGCGAAUCAAAAGGCAGAGGUAAUCACGACCGAUAUAGUUCGUAGUGGAUCGGUAAAAGAAGUACUCGUCCGCACGAGCUCAAAGGGUAGCAAGAGCGGCGAACCCACAGAACCAACAGUCAUCGCUUCCAUCAUCGCAGCGCCGAAACCAGAACAGCCAAAUGCCUCAACAUCUUCCCAUCAUGUCCCAUCCUUUUCUUUCGGCGAAGGGCCGGAUUUAAGUUUCGGCGAGAGCUCCGCAUCCGCCGGGAAGGGUAAAGGGCGCGCGAAGGACCAAACACCUAUUACUUCGCCUUUGUCCCCGGUUACUUUCCAUCUUAUCCCGCCUACGCCGGCAGCAGGAGAUGAGGGCGCCCUGAGGGUUAAACAACUGGGUUUUCAACCUCCACCCAUCCCCAUAUCUUUUACAGGAACGCCUACCCCACCGCCAAAAUCCCCACUACGGAAGUCUACGCCUAACCCUCUCGCUGGCGUACCAGUUGUGCACAGCCACUCUGUAUCGGAUUCCGUUUUAUCUAUUCCACUUCCGCCGAGGCUGCCGUCUGUAGUUCAUGAAAUCAAUGGACAGAGACCGUCUACAGCUCCGGAGCCUUUGAUAGACUUCGAAAAUACUAUGCCAGCGUUGGAUACCCCUAAGCGACCGAGCUUGAAGAGUAGACCAACGGGAUUCAAAAAGAGCAAACUGUCACCGUGGUGGAAGCCCAAAUAUAACUACUUUCAUGAUUACGAUGAAUAUGACCAGGGUGGAUAUGGCGGGUACAACCAUGACUGUCCUUAUGACGGAAUCGAUCUUGAUGUCGAGAGGGGCAGACAGAGUAGAAGGGAUUCUGGGGGUAAGAAAGGAAAGAAGGGGCGCAGGACUGUCAGUCUUGGGAAGGUACAAUUGGAGUUUGUAGGUGUGAAGGGUUUGCGGGAGAGCUUUAGGGAGAUGAAAGAAGAGAGGAAAAGGAAGAAGGGGGCGAGGGGUCACCUCGCUGAGGCGAGUUAG